UGUAUUGGGUGAUCAGCUGACCCUGCCGGGGGAGGAAGAGGAAAGAAGAUGGAAGGGAACAGAGACGAAGCAGAAAAAUGUAUCAAUAUAGCGUUAAAAGCCAUCGAAGCCGGAGAUAAAGAGAAAGCGGUGAAAUUUCUCAAUAAAGCGGAGAAGCUGUUCCCGACCGUCAGAGCCAAAGGUUUGUUGGAUGCAUUAACAAAAAAUGGGAGCUCAGCGGGGAAUGGCGCUUAUCGUAGGAGACCAGCAGACGGCUCACAAAGCAACGGUGCCCAGCCAGAAAGGGAAAGCCGGGAGUCUGGAGGAAGUGACUCUUCGAAAGGCUUCACCAAAGACCAGGUCGAAGGUGUGCAAAGGAUAAAGCGGUGUAAAGACUAUUAUGAAGUGCUCGGUGUCAACAAAGAAGCCAAUGAUGAUGAGCUCAAGAAAGCAUACAGAAAACUAGCACUUAAGUUCCAUCCGGAUAAAAACCACGCACCUGGAGCGACAGAGGCCUUUAAAAAGAUCGGUAACGCAUACGCAGUGCUGAGCAACGCAGACAAACGACGACAAUAUGACCUGACAGGAGGGGUGGAGCCAAGCCCCCCGGGUCACACACCUGGAGGAGGCUUUGACUUCCACAGGGGCUUCGAGGCCGACAUCACUCCAGAGGACCUCUUUAACAUGUUCUUUGGAGGCGGCUUCCCAUCCUCGAGCGCACACACCUUCACCAACGGCAGGGCGAGCUACAGCCAUCAGACGGAUAACCAACAAGAGAGAACAGAAGAAAGGGGAGAUGGUGGUUUCUCAAUGUUUAUCCAACUGAUGCCCAUCGUGGUCCUGAUUUUAGUGUCAAUACUGAGCCAGAUGAUGGUUUCCCCUCCACCUUACAGCCUCUACUCUAGACCGUCAACAGGUCAGACCAUAAAACGACAGACAGAAAACCUGCGCGUCGACUACUACGUCACUAGAGAUUUCAAGUCGGAGUACAAGGGCUCAGCGCUGCAGCAGAUCGAGAAAAAUGUGGAGGAAGACUACGUAUCUAAUGUCAGAAAUAACUGUUGGAAGGAGAGACAGACCAAAACAGAUCUGCUGUAUGCUGCUAAGGUGUACAGAGACGACCGAAUGCGCAAGAAAGCUGAACUCAUGACCAUGGAUAACUGCAAGGAGCUGGACAGACUAAAUAACCUAUUCAGAGGCGGAUGAGUUGCUUUUAGAUCCUGUAAAUGUAUAUGAAUAGAUGUGUAUGUUGUUUUUUUUAAAGAAAGAGUCUUUACACUAGGAGCAAAAACGUACUGAAAAUAAUUUAGCUCUAUUGUUGAAAUUUUAAAAUGUCCCUCCUCAUAUCUCCCCCCCACCCCCGCCAACUUCUCUCCUUCCUCACUUCAGUCGCCUUGUUGCAUCUUAAUGGACCAAUCUACACACAUUGUAGAAAGCCCCAGACCUUUUCUUUUUUUUACUCUGCUUUUCUUGUGUUUUCCUGUGGAAACGAGAAGGACAAGGACACUUGAUUGUAAAGCCAUUUGCUUCAAGAAGUGAGAACAAUAGAGCUAACCUCAAAGGUAUUCUGCACAAUUCAAAACGCUGUCUUGAGGUCAACAAACAGCCUUCAGCAUCAUCUGCUUGGCAUAAAACUCAAAUGGGAGACUUUAUAGGUUCAUCUGGAGGUGCUGUCCUCUCUCCAAAUCCAUUUUCUUGAAGAACACAGAAGGAAAAUAUGGAAAUAAAAUCUUACCUACUCAUGUCUGAGUGUGGAUGAAGAUCAGUGGAUCAUGAAGAGUUACCUGUGAUUUUGCUAUUAGAGAACAUUUUAUGUUGUCCACUCCGAAAUGUGAAGUUGGUUGGGACUAAACAUGGAAGGACAUUGAAAUGAUUAUACAUAAAGAGUUGUACAUUUUCAUUUUUGAAUGUUGGAAGUUUAUGCAGUUAUUUAAGUAACAAUAGAAGAAACUGAUUUUCUUCAAUGCUCGCCUAAUCAUUUAAAUAAAGUAAAAUUAUUACCAUAAACUGGAUACAUUUGUUUCUCUGAUUUAGAUAUUAA